AUGAUAGCUCCGAGACUUGAUGCAUGCAUCCCUCACUGUAUCCCUGGAAAGCUCUUCGAACAUCUCUUUGAUCUUGACCAACAGCUUGACCUUGGUGGUGCAGGAAGGAUGGUUGGUGUUUUUCUCAACUGCACCCCACGUUUGUUAUCCAUGAGAUUACAAUUACAAUUAGGUGGCCAGAAAUUGGGGCUGUUGGACGCUAAAAAGAGUCCCCUAGCUCUUCUGGCACAAACCUGCAGCAGCAUUGGUAAAGACACCAGUCCAUCUUCUAAACAGAUUAUCCCACCAAUUGAAAAGAAAGAAAAUGGAUCAUCAGACCUAAAAGAGAAAUCUUUGAAGGAUUUACACCACUCUGAGAAAUCGAUCGACAUCAAACGGAAUUCAGAAAAUGGCGAGAAAAAAGAAUCUGGGCGUGAAUCAGGAAAGCCCGGGUUUCGCACGAUCCCACCAAAAGAGAUUCCACCUCUGGUACCAAUUUCAAGUUCUUCCAGUGAGAGAACCAGCGUUUCCUCGCCAACGACAGAAGUACACAGCGGUAGUCAUAAAUCAUCGUCUUCAUCGAGCUCACUGUCAUCUUCAGAGAGUUCUGUAAACUGUUCUUCCAUAUCUAGGCCAAUGUCUGCCAAUUGUACGAGUGCAUCUCUAACUAGUUCUGGUCGAAUGAGUAUGGGAAGUGUGUCGGACUUGAGUCAUCCCGACUCUGCAGGAAUUACAAAAACCUCACUUUCACAACAUACACCAUCUUUGUUAACGCAUUCCUCAUUGGUCGGUGGUGGUCUCAAGUCUGCCAGUCACCCUUCGCUUUUAUCAACUCUCCCUGCGGCCUCUCUAGCCAGUUAUGGUUGUUUGCCACUCGUAGGACAUGGCAUACCAAUGGAUGCUGCCGGAAACAGUCCAGUUUAUCCUUCACAUCUGGCUGCUCAUGCUGGGCUCAGCCUAGCUUCGGCUGCAGCGGCAGUUGCAGCUAAUUCCUCUCCUUUGAAACUUGGUGCUCAACCAUCAGCUGUUUCUCCAUAUUUUGCAUAUGCUCGGGUACGAACCCCAACUGGGGCUACAACAUUGGUACCGGUUUGUCGUGAUCCUUAUUGCACCAAUUGCCAAAUGACUCUUCAGAAUGCACACUUAUCCUCAACAUGCACUUCCCCUGGAUGUACACAAUGUGCACAUGAAAAGUCUCUUUUACAAACAAGCAGUCUGGGUCUUACUUCUGCUGCCGGUUUACCUAUGCUUUCUUCUGUAUCAACCUUGGGCACUCCGGGUGCAGCUUUAACUGCCAAUCCAUCCUUAGGGUUUGGCACGUCUUUUUAUCCUCACUCUAUGCUUGGCACGCAAUUACCUUAUAUUUGCUCAUGGGUAGCUGGAAACGAUUACUGCGGCAAGCGAUUCUCGACAUCUGAAGAACUUCUGCAACAUUUAAGGACACAUACAACAGUCAACGACACAGCAGCUCUUGCUGCUAGCUACAACCUUUCCUUCCCCUCUGUAUCCUUGCCGAGCUGUCACGGACAAUAUACUACUACGGGAUCUAUCAGCCCGAAUUCACUAAGAAGAACGUAUCCCACGAGUAUAAGCCCUGUAGGUAGUCUUCUUAGUGCAGCUAGGUAUCAUCCUUAUAAAACUCCAUACACAAGUGUCCCAUCAGGGGUCUCUGGUGGAAUCCCACUGAACAGCAUCGGAGGAGCAUAUCUAUCUCCUUAUUCAACUUUAUACGGACAUCGUUUGGGGGCAGCAGCUGUCCCAUGACUAUAUACCGAUUUUAAGUAACAAACUAAUAAGUUUUUCAGUCUUUCUAUUUUGAACUGGUUCCUUGCCCCUUCAGUCAUGUGUGACUGAAUGAUAAUUACAACAGCAACAUCACACAUUACAUACAUACAUACAUGCAAUGACACCUGAAUAUAAUCACACACUUACAUAUACACAUGCAUACAUGGUAUGCAUAUAUAUAUAUGUAUGUAUAUAUAUAUAUAUAUAUAAUAUAUAUAUAUAUAUAUAUAUAUAUAUAUAUAUAUAUAUAUGAUGUAUGUAUAAUAAGAAAUAUUAUGUAUAAAAUAUUGUAAUGAUAAACAAUAAAGAAGAGCGAAGAAAAACAUUUGUAAAUGAAUGAGUAAAUAUCGUUGCAAUGUAAUGAUAUACAGAACUCGUCUUCUCUCUUUCUCUUUCCCUACUCUGUAAUAUGCAACUGCGCAUGUGUGUGUGUGCGUGUCUGUCACAGAUUACCUGAACACAAUCAACACACGUGCGCACAUGGUUAUGUGUGUAAGUGUGUUUGUAUAUGCAUGUGUUUAUGUAUACGUAAUGCACACGUAUUCAAACAUGCGCAUACGAAUGCAUACAUACAUACACGCACACAAAAAAAAAACACAUAUACAUAUAUGUAUAUAUAAGUCUUAAUUACG